GUUCGCCACCGCCUCGCUUUCCGGCCUGGCAGGGAAACGAGGAUGAGGAAGAAGGGGGCGGGGGUGGUGGCAAAGUCUGGCCCGGGCGGUUUGUUCGGGAGGUUGCGGGGUUGAGGGAGAGGCUGUGUCGCGUCACCGGCGGCGGCCGCUCCCUUUACGCGGGCGGGUCUCGGCCCCGUCGCCACACCUUCUCAGGAGCGGUCGCGUUUCCCCCGUAGGGUGAAGGCGCAGGGCCAGGGCCGUUCUCUUCCGCAGGAGGAUGUGGAAGGGAAGAUUUCCCGCCCCCUUUUCUUCUUGGGGAGCCCUUUCGGGUCGUGUUUUCCCCGGGUGGUGACCCGGGCCUACGCUACCUGCUUCGCUCACCCAAGGCAGCGGAGGGUGGGCGGGUGAGGCAAGGACGAAGCGGGAGGGAGGGCCUGGCGGGGUUUCUCACCAGCAUGAAUGCGGGGUCUGAGUGUGAAACCUCCAGGAAAAGAAUUAGGCUGGACAGUUUCUUCCCUCCUUCCUCAAAGAUUGAGACAGUCAACAGUAAUAGUAGUAGUAGUAGCAGCUCAGAGGAAGGACAGGCCCCUUCCUGGAAGAGAAAAGUGACGCUGCAAGAACAGCCUCCCCCUCUUUCUGCUCCCCACGACAGGGAGCAAGAGUCCAGAAGCAGCAGCAGCAGCAAAGGCAGCCCUCCAGUCACGGUGGGGAACAAAGUUUACCGACAAAGGAGGAUUACCUCUUGGAUGGAGAAUAAAGGACCCAGAACACUGGAGUCAACAAGUUUACAAAAUAAAACAAGUACCACAGAACUGGGGCCGAAAAUGGCAUUUGUUAAGAAAGAUAAUAUUGUUCAACAUGAUGUGAAAAAAAUUGACGAUGUUCUUGAGCAGUGCUGCUCAAAAUUAUCUGUGGAAAUGAGCACCAAACAUGUGGCCUUGUCUCAGACUGAUACCCUUCAUGGGGAUAUGUGUAAAGAUCAGUUUUCAGAAGCAGAGUCAGUAAAAGGAACUCAGACUGGAGACCAGUUUAAAAAUGAGAAUGUUACUCAGGUGCACAAAAUUGGGAGUCAGGCUUAUCAGGGUUGCAAUGAAUAUCAAGAAAAAUGUUCUCAUAAGAAGCUUUCAUCAGCCAGCCCUGUGAAAAUAUCAGAUGUAAAACAUCCUUUGAAGGACUUCAGCAUAGAAAAGCAAGUGUCUGUGCGAAAUCCACAACCAUUUAAGAACCACAAAUCUGAGCAUGCAUCCUGUGUAAAUGCUGUGCCGGACGAGCUGGAUAUAGUGCCUGAGAGCCCACUUUCAGAUGCAGGCUGCGAUGCCUGUUCAUUUGAUUUGUAUAGCUCCCAGAAGAGAGGUCAAGAAGGGUGUGUGGGAGAGUCUCCCUCUUUUGAGAAAGAGAGUGAGCCAGAAUCACCAAUGGAUGUAGAUACUUCUAAAAAUAGCUGUCAGGGCUCAGAGGCUGAUGAAGAAACCAGUCCACUUCUUGAGGACCAAGAGGAUAUUGAUAUGUCUAAAACACCAAGUAAAUCUUCACGAUUUCGAAGGGCAGAUACUCAGUUGGAAUCAAGAAAGUUGCCAUCAGCUUCUCAGAGAGGUGAAGCUGCUCAAUUUAGCUUCCACUUGGAACGGGUGGAUAAUCCCCUGAUAGGGGAUGAAACACACAAUGAGCCAUCUUGGAUCUCACCUGUUGCGUCUUCGGAAUGCAGAGGCACCAAACAUUGUGGGAAGAAGGAUUCUAAAAUUACUGCCCACUUCAUGAGGGUUCCCAGGACAGAGGAGAAAAGGAGCGAACCAUGUGAAUUAAAGACAAAUCGGCCAAGAAGAAGGAUUCCUAAAUAUACUCCUCCUCCACUUCCAACUAAUAAAAAGUGGUUUGGAACACCUAUUGAAGAGAUGAGAAGAAUGCCAAUGUGUGGGACUCGACUUCCUCACUUGAGAUCUUCUGCCAAUCAUACAGUGACAAUCAGAGUAGAUCUUUUGAAAGAAGGAGAGGCGCCUAAACCUUUCCCAACCCAUUAUAAAGAUACAUGGGACAAUAAGCAUGUUAAAAUGCCUUGUUCAGAACAAAAUUUAUACCCUGUUGAAGAUGAGAAUGGUGAAAGGACUGCUGGCAGCCGGUGGGAAUUAAUUCAGACUUCACUGCUUAAGAAAUUCACCAGCUCCCGUGAUUUGAAGGAGGCUAUUCUCAGAUAUAAUGUUGCAUAUGCCAAGAAAUGGGACUUUGCAGCUCUUACUGACUUCUGUGAUAAGGUGCUUGAAGAUGCAGAAGCACAGCAUCUCUUUCAAUCCAUUUUGCCUGAUAUGGUGAAGCUUGCACUCUCUCUGCCUAGCAUCUGCACCCAGCCAAUACCUCUACUGAAACAAAAAAUGAACCAUUCCAUCACAAUGUCACAGGAGCAGACUGCUAGUUUGCUAGCAAAUGCCUUCUUCUGCACAUUUCCCCGGCGAAAUGCUAAGAUGAAAUCAGAGUAUUCAAGCUAUCCAGAUAUUAACUUCAACAGGUUGUUUGAAGGACGUUCACCUAGGAAGCCCGAGAAGCUGAAAACCCUUUUCUGCUACUUCAGAAGAGUAACAGAGAAAAAACCUAUUGGACUGGUUACAUUUACAAGACAGUGUCUACAGGAAUUUCCAGAUUGGGAAAGGAGUCAGACAAAAAUGUCCAGGUUGCACAUCACAUAUGAAGGUACUAUUGAGAGCAAUGGCCAUGGAAUGUUACAGGUUGAUUUUGCUAAUCGCUUCGUUGGAGGUGGUGUCACUGGUGCAGGACUGGUACAAGAAGAAAUUCGCUUCUUAAUCAAUCCGGAGCUGAUUGUAUCUCGUCUCAUUACUGAAGUCCUGGAUCACAAUGAAUGUCUAAUUAUCACAGGUACAGAACAAUAUAGUGAAUAUACUGGAUAUGCAGAAACCUAUCUUUGGGCCAGGAGUCAUGAAGAUGAAACACCCAGGGAUGAAUGGCAGAGACGCUGCACAGAAAUUGUUGCCAUAGAUGCAUUUCAUUUCAGACGUUUCCUUGAUCAGUUUGCUCCUGAGAAAAUUAGAAGAGAGCUCAACAAGGCGUAUUGUGGUUUCUCUCGAUCUGGUGUCCCAUCACAUCACCUUUCAGCAGUAGCUACAGGAAACUGGGGAUGUGGUGCCUUUGGAGGUGAUGCAAGACUGAAAGCAUUAAUACAAAUGAUGGCAGCUGCAGAAGCUGGACGAGAUGUUGUUUAUUUCACCUUUGGAGAUGCUGAGCUGAUGAGAGACAUUUACAGUAUGCACACUUUCCUAAUUGAGAAAGGACAGACUGUUGGGGAUGUUUACAGACUGUUGCUCAGAUACUACAAUGAGGAAUGCAGGUGUUGCUCUACUCCAAGACCAGAAGUCAAACUCUACACUUUCAUAUACAGUACAGUAGAAUCCUAUGCAGAUUCCACUGAUGAUGAGAGAGGAUUAUGUUUUGAUGAUUAGAGUGAAAAUAUACAGAGUGAAUAUCCUCCUUCUCUUCCUCCAAGGAAUUGGAAUUGCUGGAUGUAACAUAUAGAGUAGCAUAAUCUCUCUCUCUCUGUACACAUACACAAACAUAUGUUUAUACAUGUUUGUGUCUGUGUGCAUGUGCACACAUGUACAAAAUUAGGUUAUGUGAAGAUCAGUCUUGAAAAGAAAGAUAUUUUCUUUCUGGUGCAGAAUGUAAACUUUAAUCAUUGCACAAGGAAGAAACUGGUAAACACAUUCAUUUCUCCUGCUUCAUGUUCAGGGUUGAACUUUUGAUUUAUGGGCUUAUUUGAAAAUGCCAGAUUUAUAUAUACCGAUUUUUAUUUCAAUUUUUAUAGAGAUAAUCCUAAAUAUAUUUUGGAAGAGAGAGGGGGAGGGUGAUUGAGAGAAAGAGAAAUUCCUAUGUAAACCACUUCCUUAGGACAUUCCACAGCUAUAUGAGACUGUUAUGAGGAUGGGGAGAGAUUUUCCUAUUGAAGUUGCUAUGGCUCCUUCAAUCUUUUAGUGUUAGGUUUGCAGUGCCUCCCUCCCCUUCAGGUUCUUGUUUGAGCAUGCAGAAAAGCAAAGAUAGCAAAGAUGCCCUAGGGACAGUAAUAAAGGGAGAAUCAAGAGCAUGUCUCCUUUUAGGUGGGGCUAAAGUGGGGGACAAAGCAUGAGUAGCACUACAGAAAGCUUUUUUUAAAAAGCCAAGAUAAAAUAUAGAGAAGGCAAUGGGGGAACUUUUAUCUUAUUCUUACAUUGUAGAAACCUAUAGCAAGGGCCUUAUAUUUAUGAAAUGGUUAAACAGCUUUUAAAAAUGAUUUUGUAUUGCACAGGUUUUGUGGUGAUGCUGGGAUACAUACAGAGAAAUACAUCUAUGUUGUUUCGUCAGAAUAUUGCAUAUAAUUUCAUACUUUGCUAUAACAUACAUGUAAGGCAUGCAUUAAUAUGUAUGGGUAAUUUUGUCAAAACUCAGAUUUCAUAAAAUCUUAAGAAUGAAGGCCCAGUACAGGAGAAGGGUCUUCAGAGAACCAAAUGGGACUUGUGCAAGGCUACCACUACAGUUUCUCUCAACUCUGUAUUAUUUCAGUGGGAUAUGGGAAAUGUUCUUGCAGCAAUUGGUCCUUUAUAUGAGAAGAUAUUCUGAGAAAAGGAAGAAAAUGAAAAUUUAAUUGACUUGUUACUUGCCGUUAGCUUCGCAAGAUAUGACAAAAUCAGAUUAUUUGGGGAGGGACAUGUUAGAACAUUUAUUGUAACAAUUUCCUUGCUUAAUGGUUGAAUGGAGCCAGAUGCUGUGUUGAGUACUUCUUUGGCUGUAAAACAAAGUCAUAUAAGGUGAAUAGGUUAAUAAGAAGCUGCAUGGUCCCAGCAGUCUCAUAAUUUAAGAGAAAACUAAAUGGUCCAAGAUACUGCUCCACAGCCAAAAGGAAUAAUUUUAUGUCAAUUCAGUAUUUCCCCUUUGUCCUGAUUUCUUUUUCAAGCACUCAAUAUCUUCCUUUCCAACUAUGUGGUGUUCUCUGCUUUUACUAAGAGAACUUUCUGGUGUUGCCGUCUAAAUAAUGAACAGAUGGGUCAGUUCUCCAUUAGAUGAGUGAGUUCCACUGCAGUUACCUACAUGGUAGAGUGCUUUUAUCUCUUUCUUACAAUUCCUCAGUGACAAAACAUGCAAUUAUAGUCGCCUGUGUCUGUAUAUAAUAAUUUAUAAAAGGGUGAAGUAUAUCAUUAAUUCAGUAAAGUUGCAAGUUGUGCAUUUGUUAUAUUUUUUGAUUGGAACAGUAAAGGACUGAUAUGCUAUGUACACAAUUUUUUGGUAAUAAAAAUAUAACAAAUAAACAUUUUUCUCCA